AUGAGUGCAGUUGGAGAAGAAGCACAAGCUUCAACAUCAGCACUAUCGACGGUAAUAGGAGAGGGGGAAGAGCCGAACGCACUUCCGGCUGCUAGUGCUUCUGCUGCUGCUCAAUCUUUUCUUCAUCAUCACGCUAACCAGAUCAUACGUCCUGUGUAUACAGCUGACUCAGGAGCUUUUGAGGCGAUGAAUCAAGGUAUAAGAAAUUACCGCAGCGGAUCAGAUAUCGCAGAUUCAGUAGAGGACCCUGCAAGAGAGAGAAGAAGAAUUAUAACUUCCUCACCUGAAUCUCCAAUAACUACUCCGGCAACGACAACUCAGGCAGCAACAGCUCCUGCAGCGACACUAACAGUAUCCACUCCCAGCCAAGCAGAUUCAACAGUUGCAACUUCAUUAGCUACCACAACCACAGCAGCUUCAAGACCGGCAGCUUCAGCUUCGGUAGUGACAACAAUAGUGGCUCCGACAGCAGCAACAGGUUCAAGACCGGCAGCUUCAGCUUCGGUAGUGACAACAAUAGUGGCUCCGACAGCAGCAACAGCUUCAAGACCGGCAGCUUCAGCUCCGGUAGUGACAACAACAGUGGCUCCGACAGCAGCAACAGGUUCAAGCAGUAGCAGAACAGCUUCAACAGGGGAACCCACAGUAGCUCCAAGACCAACAGUGUCAGCUUCAGUAACUACAACAACAGUGGCUCCGACAGCAGCAACAGGUUCAAGCAGUAGCAGAACAGCUUCAAUAGGGACAACCACAGCAGCUUCAAGACCAACAGUGCUACUUCCAACGGCUCCAGUAACUACAACAACAGUGUCUUCAGCAGGUGCAACCCCAGCAUUUUUAGCCGUCGCUGUGCCGACAGAUAGCUCAUACGUUCCUAAUCAGUUAGAUGAACGUAUGAGAAAUUACUCCAUAGGAUCAGGUAUCCCAGUUCCAGUAGAGGACGCUGCACGAGCUGCAAGAAUGAUGGUAACUAAUUCUGUUUUACCUACUCCACUAGCUCCGGUUCUAGCUCCAAUAGUUCCAGUAAUAGGGGCGCCGGCAGUUACAACCGCGGCAACUCCACUCGUACGUCAAGAUCAGAUAAGGGAGCUGAUGGCCAUAGCAAUGCAGGGGAUGGACGCACGCCCAGACAAUUUAAACGACGUGGUGAACGAGACGUAUCGACUAAUGCCUGCUCUUGAGAGAAAUGGUGACAAUGAGGGGAGAAUAAUGGCAGCUUAUUAUGAGAUAAUUAACGGAGAUAAUAUAGGCGGGGCAGAGGAUGAGGAAGACAAUCCUCGGGUAGUUCGACCAGAUAACCUGGACGAGCAAGAUGUAGAGGAUGAAGAGCCAGACCAAACUGCACAACGUAAUAGAAUUAGAAGAGCAGCUGCAAAUCAACCAGCUGCAGCACAACCUCUAGCAGCUGGAGCUGGUGGCGGUAGUGGUAAUGGCGGAGCGCCAGAUCCGGAUGCAGACGCUCAGGCAGCCGCAGAUGCCGCAGCGCAGGCUCAAGCAGAUGCAGCCGCUCAAGCUAAGCUCGAGGCAGAAGCUAAAGAGUUGAUGCAUGCUCAAGGUGUGACUAAAAUGCAAGUAUCAGUCGGAGCAGAUGCAAAUAAAACGGCUCAGGCUCCUAUUAGUAAUAGAUUUGGGGAAAUAAUGACCAAAGCUUUAGUAGCUGCUGGUGAUGAGCCGGAUAGUCUUCCUAAAGGUGUGUGGAUUAGCGGGGUGUACGGUAAGAGUAAGCAGGGCACCACUCCUAAUAACGCUAAGUAUAAUGCAGCUUUUUAUGGUCCAACUAUUGGCGCUGAUAUAAAUAUUAAUGAUAAUAAUAUUGUCGGAAUCGCUUAUAGCUAUAUUUUAAGUAAUUACAAAUUUAAGGAUAACUUAAAUAGAAAGCUAAAUACUAAAAGCAAUGUUAUAUCUCUAUAUAGUCACUCUCAACUUAAUGAGGAUAUUAUAUGGGAUAAUAUUUUGUCUAUAAGCUUUAGUAAAGUUAGAGUGAAAGAUUUAGGGCUAAAUCCUGGAACUUCGCAAUUAGUAACUGGAAAAUAUAAGAAUACUGCUUAUAGUUUAGACACCAAGCUUGGUUAUAGAAUUCCUACUGAAGAUAAGAGCGUAAGUAUAAUACCUUACAUUGGUUUAAGGGUUGGUCAUUCUAAAGAUAGCCGCUAUACUUUAGGUAAAGUGGAGGUCGAUAGUAAAUCGGAAUCACCAGUAGCUGCCGUUACUGGCGUCCAAAUCGCUAAGAAGUACCGUGUUGCAGAAAAUACCACAAUUACGCCGUCUCUUGAUUUAGGGCUAGAGAAGAGUUUCAACAAAAAAAGCUCAACAGUAAAAGCUAAAUUUGCUGGAACGAAUGAAUAUUUCCCAACGCAGGUUCAUAAAAAAUCCAAAGGCUUAGAAUACAAUAUUGGUGCUAGCGUGCUGGUUAACCAUGAUAAUAUUGACAUCGGAGUUGGUUAUAGUUGUAAUCUACAAAAGAAAUAUCAAGCUCACCAAGGUUACCUAAAGCUUAAAGUAGCAUUGUAA